ACAGGCGACCAUGCCCCGCCCCGCGAGCAACGUUUGGAUUCACUUCCGGCGCGAUGAAGUCGGGAAGCGGGCCAUCUGCAAGUACUGCCACCACAACAUGGUGAGCCUCGUCACGCGCAUGCGCCACCACCUCGCCAAGCGCUGCACGGACGUCCCGCCCUCGAUCCGCGCCGACAUCAUUACGGGCGAAGAGGCGCUCGGCGCCGCCAAGCAGGCGUCGGCCAUGGGCCUGCACGCGGCCGACGCGCUGAGCCUCCACAACGCGGCGCAGUUUGCCAACAUGACGACGCAGUACAAGCCGGCCAUGAUGAAGCGCGAUGCGCCGCCGGCCGACCCGAAGAACAAGAAGCCGCGCAAGGCACUGCCGCCCGCGAGCAACCCGGCGCUCGAGCGCCACGACAUGCAAAGCUACCUGGCCAAAGCGAUCUUUGGCGCCGGGCUGCCUGUCUCGGUCAUCGACCAUCCGUGCUUUACAGGCCUCAUGAAGCGCAUGUACCCGCUGUACCAGAGCCCGGGCAAUGCGGUCUUGACGACGACGCUCCUCGACAACGAGUUCCACGCCAUGUCGUCGCAGGUGCGCGCGGACGUGGCCGAGACGGUCUUUCUCUGCCUCGGCGUCGAGAGCUGGUCCUUUGCGAGCAACCGGUCGGUCAUCUCGUACUCGGUGCACUCGCCGACGCCGGCCGUGUACGCGAUUGAAAACACACGCGAAGCGCCGCAUGUGCCCAUGAUGCUUUUCGAGCACAUGGAAGCGACGAUCAAUGCGAUUGGCAUCGAGAAGGUCGCAACGAUCGUCGCCGACAUCAGCGUCAACAUGAAGCAAGCGUGCGACGUGCUCCAGGCGAAAUUCACACACCUCACGAUCCUCCCGUCGUGCGCCCAUGCGAUGGAGGCGCUCGUCGCCGAAGUGCUGUCGCUGCCGACGUUCCAGCCGCUCCUGCGGGUCUGCAGUACGGUCGCGACCUUUAUCACGUCCAACCACGUGCCCCGUGCGAGCUUCACGCGCGUCGCGUCCGACAUGCACCUCGACUCGUUUGGGCUCGUGACCGCCGGCUCCGACCCCGCGUCGCUCCUCGCGUGCGUCUAUAGCAUUGAGAAGCACCGCCACAUUUUCGAGAUGCUGCUCGGCGAAGACCUCGGCGCGCUGGACGGCUUGGACGAGAGCGUCAAGGAGAAGCUCCUCACGCUUUCGUGGUGGGCGCAGCUCGCGCAGUUCAAGGCCCUCCUGUCGCCGUUCGUGGAUGUGCUUGCGGUCUUCGACGACGACUACCCGUCGCUGAGUACGUUCUACCACGCGUUCACGCUGCUCUGGACGCACUUGCAGACGCACCCGUCCGUCCCACUCGACGUGACGCGCGUCGUCAACAAGCACUGGCACGCGAUGCGGCACCCGGCCAUGUACACAGCGUACCUUCUGGACCCGCGCUUCCCGCCGUCGUCGCUCGGCAACGACGAGACGAACGAAGCGUUUGCGUUCCUCAAGCAGCUCUCGUCGCCCGCGAUGUUUUCGAGCUUGAUCUCGGAGCUCACGCGCUACACGGGCCGCGUCGGUGUCUUCGCCGACGACGCGGUGUGGGCCUCGGCCAAAGAGUGCUCGCCGUUGCACUGGUGGAAGGGCUUCAUCGGCAGCUCGUGCCCGAACCUCCAAGUCAUUGCGAUCCGCGUGCUCUGCUUCCCGGCCACGUCGGGCAUCACGCACGAGAAGCGCGCGGUGUUGGACCGCAUUCACCUGCAGAACCGGCACUUGAUGAACGAAGAGCAAGCGUGCAAGGCCGCGUUCGUGUACCUCAACUCGAACGUCGGCGCGCGGCCCGUCGGUGACACGAUCUUUUUGUAGUUUGUAUGAUGUUGUAUGGAAAACCCCUUGGAUAGCCA